AUGAAGCCAGCUGUAUCUUUUCUUUGCAUCUUGCUCUAUGGCUGUCAACUGUCCUGUGCCUUGCCUGGCGCAACAAAGGAUGAUCGCGCAGCCACUGAAGAACGUUCCAAUACUGUCAAAGUAACCUUUCGAGGUGGAAGCGUUAUUGGAAGGUCUCGUCUCGGCACUGAAGCAUUUACUGCCAUCCCUUAUGCUGAACCGCCGGUCGGCGACUUCAGACUUCGGCCGCCACAGCAAUUCACGGGCACACUGAAAGAUCACGAUGGAACUGGACUCUCCCCAUCCUGCCCGCAGCACUAUGUCGACACUGAUGCAAUGGAUCUGAUCAGCUCCGUCGCUUCUGGCAUUCUUAAGCUUCCAUUCUUUGACAGACUGACUGGCCAAGAAGACUGUCUCACCCUUACGGUUCAGCGACCUGCCGGAACCAAGCCAGGAGAUGGUCUGCCCAUUCUCUUCUGGAUAUAUGGAGGCGCAUUUGUCCUUGGUGGCACGAACACUUACGAUGCUACUAGCUUUCUGGCUAGAGCUGUCGAUCAAGGCCAACCCUUUAUCAUGGUUUCUGUCAAUUAUCGUCUGAAUGGCUUUGGUUUCAUGGGAGGGAGAGAGGUACUCGAGGCUGGCGUCUCGAAUUUGGGCCUCCUGGAUCAACGCCUGGGUCUACAAUGGGUCGCAGACAACAUCGCCGACUUUGGCGGUGACCCAGACAAAGUGACCAUCUGGGGUGAAUCAGCAGGCUCCAUCUCUGUCUUCGAUCAGAUGUUGCUUUUCGGAGGUAACGCGACAUACAAAGGCAAGCCACUAUUUCGAGGUGCCAUCAUGGAUUCCGGAAGUGUGCUGCCAACGGAUCCAGUGGACUGUCAACAAGAACAAGAGUUAUUUGACGAGACUGUUCGCUCGGCCGGUUGUUCUGGAGCUGCAGACACGCUUCAUUGCCUACGUCAGCUUCCGUACGAAAAGUUCUACAACGCGGUGACUUCCGUACCUGGCAUUGCAUCCAUAAACCACCUUCAAUGGAGCCACAUUCCGAGGCCCGAUGGCAAGGUGCUCGUGGAGAGCCCGGACGUCAUGGCCGCGAAGGGCAACCUUCAUGCUGUACCCUUGAUUAUCGGCAAUCAAGAAGACGAAGGUUCUGUGUUUGCUAUCAUCACGCCAAACCUCACAUCCACAGAUCGCAUUGUCAAUUACCUGUCCGAGUAUGUGUUGCACAACACUUCUCGCGAGAUGAUACAGCAGUUUGUUGACAUGUACCCCACAAGCCCUGCUGCUGGUAGCCCAUUUCGAACCGGGUUCCUCAACGAGCUGUAUCCUGGCUUCAAGAGAAUGUCAGCACUUAUAGGGGAUGCAAUUCUCCAUUUUCCCCGACGUUAUGUUCUGGAGACUGUCAGUCGCGUCAAACCUGAUACCCCAAUGUGGUCUUAUCUUGCCUCGUAUGACUAUGGGCUGCCAUUUGUGGGAACUUUCCACGGCUCCGACAUUUUGCAAACAUUUUACGGCUUACCCCCAAACCAUGCUGAAAAGAGCUCAAGGACAUACUACUUGAACUUCAUUCAUAACCUGGACCCGAACAAGGGGGUUGAAAAUUACGACAACUGGCCGCGUUGGACGGAAAGCGAAAAGCUCAUGUGGCUCAAGACGCCAUAUAACAAUGACCUUCUUGGCGACGACUUCCGGAAAGAUCGAUCUGAUUUCUUUAAUCAGAAUAUCGCCAGUCUACGCUACUAG